GUAGUAUGCCCCAAGAUGGCGCCGCGGUCGUCGUCGUUGGCGGCGGUGGCCGAAACGCUGGCAGAAGCUGCGGUGCUAGUCCUGAAACAGCAGAGAGAGGGAACAAGGCGGCGGGCGGACGGCGACAGUAUUUGUAGCAAGUAGCGGUGCAGAGGGGGCUUCCCCUCCUUUUCGGCUGUUGAGUGAGGAGGCAGAGACUCUCUGGGAUAGCGGGUCCCCCGCCCCCUUCUGGCAGGGAGACCCCAACCUACCCGCGUGCGGAGCCGACACCCUUUUCUCGGCUUAUCUCGCUGCUGCCUCCCCGGUGGGCCUUCCCACCCUUUUCCCCGACCGGAGAUGAUGAAGCUCAAGUCCAACCAGACUCGAACCUACGACGGGGACGGGUACAAGAAACGGGCGGCUUGCCUCUGCUUCCGCAACGAGAGCGAGGAGGAGGUGCUGUUAGUUAGCAGUAGUCGUCAUCCUGACAGAUGGAUUGUCCCUGGAGGAGGAAUGGAGCCUGAAGAGGAGCCUAGUGUGGCUGCUGUGCGAGAAGUUUGUGAAGAGGCUGGAGUGAAAGGGACAUUAGGAAGAUUAGUAGGAAUUUUUGAGAACCAAGACAGGAAACACAGAACAUAUGUUUACGUACUUAUUGUCACAGAAGUAUUGGAAGAUUGGGAGGAUUCUGUGAAUAUCGGAAGGAAAAGGGAAUGGUUUAAGAUAGAUGAUGCCAUAAAAGUUCUGCAGUAUCACAAACCUGUACAGGCUUCAUACUUUGAAACCUUAAGGCAAGGCUGUUUGGCUAAUAAUGGCACUCCUGUUGUGACCACAUCAUUCUCGAAGGAGAGCACACUAUCCGACAUCAGAUGACUGAAGACGGCCCUUUCAGAAAAGUUUGAAACAUAGACUGAAACUUGGAUUUCCUUUCUUCCCCUCUUCUCGCCGCUUUCACAUGUGUUCUUUGGUAAACAAGACAUGUGCAGCAGCCUUUGGCAGAGCAGAUGUUUGAGUGUUGCAUUAUAGUGCAAAGUGGGUGGUUUGGGGUUUUUUGUUUUUGCUUUUUCUUGGAUAUGUAUUUUGUAAUACACAUUUUGUGCAUGAAGUGUCCCUUCCCUAUUAACAAUUUUGACAAUGUGAACAGCAAGGCUAUUAGUUUCAUCUAUGCCUUGUCUUCUGAAAUGUUCUUGUAUAUAUUAUUCCAACCAUAGCCAAAUCUCUUAUCUUUUCAGUAAAGAAGGCUACAAAUGUGAGAUCAAUUCUUUAUGUCUUAGAUUUUGUACUGUAAGGUACUGUUGAGGUCUGUGUGGUGGCUACUUGCUCCACAUCAGCAGGUAACAUUUUUUAGAGGGAGAAAUCUAACACUGAUUUUGCAAGAUUUUUUUUUUUAAAAAAACACAAGCUGCUUCUUUAAAGAGGGCUUCAUAAACUUGCCUGCCUUGUUCUUUGAAAAAAAUUCUUUACGAUAGUGCUAGUGGCUGGGCCAAUUUCAUUCCCUGCAUCCUAUUCCCUGACCCAAACUUAAUACAAUGAGACUUGAAGGAGACUUGCAAAGCAUCCCUGGUGCUCAAUUCUUUCUAUAGUUUCAACCAGUAUGUCAUGUAACAAUGGACAGAAUCACAAAGGAUUGGUCACCAUUCAAAAGCAUAUGGGUUCAGAAGCCUAAUAAAUUACAAAGUCAGUAAAUAGGAAUCAGGGAUUUGAAAUAAGUUAAAACAUGUGAACUGGAACAAGAAGCACUAAUGCUUUUAAUAGUGUAAAAUGAUUUUAUCUUCCUGUUGCAUAAUGCUGGUGUCUUUUUAUGGUCCAUAUGCCUUACAUCUUACUGAACUGGAUAUUGUAAUUUGUGCUAAAGCAUUGGAUUGUACUUUGAGUGUCACCUCAUGGUGGGACAGUCACUUUAUGUCCCUGAAAAGAAUUCCCAGGGAAAAAUUCAAGUGUCCAGUCUACUUUGUCUGUAAUAUUGUAUCAUGGAGCACACUCAAAAUUGUAGACUUAUUGCAGCAAAGGUACAGCUAGUUCCCAAGUAGAAUUGUUUAUAGGAGGAUCUGUGUCAUUUAAUAGGAUAGUUAACCUGGUGCAUUGGCACACAUCACAUUUUUGUUUCUGUUGAUGUUUCAUACUGUCUUGAUUUGCCAAUAGUGUUGUCUUGUUUUUGGAAAGGGCUGUGGGAGGGGGUGGAUCUGGGUAGAUUUGGGGAGGGGCAUUAGUUCAUCCCUGGCUUGAGACAGGACUUAGUUGCUAUAUUUGGUGACUACUUCUUUGUCACAGUAUAGCCAAGAUGUGAAAUUAAACCUGCAGUACUCCAAUUUAGUAGAUAAUUCUCCCUUCCCCUUAACAUGCUUAAAAUACAUUUAAAAUAUUCUGAAAUAGUCAUGCAGCCCGAUGAAAAGUAAAUUAGUAUAGUUUCUUCAAUGGAUAGUUGCUAUAGAACCAAUAAUAUUUCUUAUUUUUUAAUUCCCUACUUUCUGUUAAUAGGAUAGCAUUCCUUAAUAUGGCAUCACUGAAACAAAAAGUACAUGCUGAAAGGUGCAGUUGAAAAAAGUGGCUUAAACUUGAUCUUGAACAAAUGAAAAAUUAUGUUAUGCCACUUUAUUGCCCUUCAUCUUAACAAAUAAUAAAAUUUAGCUGAGUGAGCUUGAUUAAUGUCUUGAAGCGUACAAUACAAUAAUAAUUUAUUUUACUAAGUAUAUAUGUGACACUAUCCAGGAUAGAAAAUCAUUGCCUUUAACUAAAGGUUUUAGGACAGAGAACUGUUUGAAAGAGAACUGAGACUCUUGAUGGAGUGACUGCAGUUUUAAUAUCUAUAGCAUGCACACUUUUUUAAAACUCUAAAAUGUUUUUAUAGGGCUGUUAAACUGAAACUUUAGAAUAGAAUAUUGUUGAUGAUAUUCUAAUAGUGAUUUCUUGUUUGUUUGGGUCAGGAAAAAUAAAUUGUGCCAAGAAAGUAGUUUAAUGUGGGAUGAAUUGAUGACUGUUUAUACAACUGCACUGAGUUGCUGAUGUUUGCCUUCUGAACUGGAAAUGGAAGAUGCGUCUCUUGGGGUAUAAACUGUCUGCAUUAUUAUUGGUAAACUUCCUCCUGUUUACUGAAACUAUUACACCUCCUUUUAGUGCACUAUAUACAUAGCUUUCCCAGCAUCUCAGGGUACUCUGUAGUAAACAAGCCAAGAAACUGUAGUAAUACAAUGAAAAUGCAUUAUAUCAACUCACUUUUUCACAUUUCUAAUUACACUGGAAGUUCCCAAACUGCCAGAACAUAC